CUCAGCAAAUCCUUUCAGAGAAAUAUCUGAAUUAAAAGCCAACAGGUAGGGGACGCAGUGAAGGCAGAGGGAGGCAGCAGGGCCAAUAGCCUGGGCCAAGGGAAUCGGUGCAAUCUGGCCCGUGUUUGCCGAGGAUAAUGCGCCUCUCCAAAGCCCUCAUAGACAUGGAGAUGGCAGAUUAUAGCGCAGCGCUGGACCCGGCCUACACCACCCUGGAGUUCGAGAACAUGCAGGUGCUGGCCAUGGGCAACGCAGACACRUCUCCAUCAGAAGCAGCCAACCUCAACACCUCCAGCAGCAUYGGGGUGAGYGCUCUGUGUGCCAUYUGUGGGGAYCGUGCCACGGGCAAGCACUAUGGRGCCUCCAGCUGCGAYGGCUGCAAGGGCUUCUUCAGGAGGAGCGUCAGGAAAAACCACAUGUACUCCUGCAGGUUCAACAGGCAGUGUGUUGUAGACAAAGACAAGAGGAACCAGUGCCGAUACUGCAGGCUGAAGAAGUGCUUCCGAGCAGGAAUGAAGAAGGAAGCUGURCAAAACGAACGGGACCGAAUCAGCACCCGCAGAUCAAGUUACGAGGACAGCAGCUUGCCCUCCAUCAACGCCCUCCUGCAUGCAGAAGCCCUGGCACAGCAGAUAUCAUCCCCGGUUCCUGUGAUCAAYGGAGACAUCCGAGGCAAGAAGAUUGCCAAUAUCUCUGACGUGUGUGAGUCCAUGAAGCAGCAGCUGCUGGUGCUGGUGGAGUGGGCCAAGUACAUCCCCCCGUUCUGUGAGCUGCCCCUGGAUGACCAGGUAGCGCUUCUGCGUGCACACGCAGGGGAGCAUCUGUUACUGGGAGCUGCCAAGAGGUCCAUGGUGUUCAAGGAUGUCCUGCUGCUAGGAAAUGAUCACAUCAUCCCACGGAACUGCCCCGAGCUGGUGGAGGUGAACCGCGUGGCCAUCCGCAUCCUGGACGAGCUGGUGCUCCCCUUCCAGGAGCUGCAGAUAGAUGAUAAUGAAUAUGCCUGCUUGAAAGCCAUCAUCUUCUUCGACCCAGAUGCCAAGGGGCUGAGCGACCCRUCCAAGAUCAAGCGGAUGCGSUACCAGGUGCAGGUGAGCCUGGAGGAUUACAUCAACGACCGGCAGUACGACUCGCGGGGCCGCUUCGGAGAGCUGCUGCUGCUGCUGCCCGUGCUGCAGAGCAUCACCUGGCAGAUGAUAGAGCAGAUCCAGUUCGUCAAGCUCUUCGGCAUGGCCAAGAUUGACAACCUGCUGCAGGAGAUGCUGCUGGGAGGCUCAUCGAGUGAAACGCCGCAYGCCCACCACCCCCUGCACCCCCACCUGAUCCAGGAGAACCUGGGAACAAAYGUCAUCGUGGCCAACACAAUGCCUCCUCAGAUGCACAACGGGCAGAUGUCUACUCCAGAAACUCCACAGCCGUCUCCACCCGCAGGCUCAGGACCAGAGCAGUACAAGCUGCUGCCUGGAGCCAUUGCAACCGUGGCAAAGCAGCCCAACUCCAUCCCACAGCCUGCCAUCACCAAACAGGAGGUCAUCUAGCAUCCUGCACCCCUGCUGGCCUCCUUCGGAGCARUGUGUGGGAGAAAAGCCCAGACUGACUCUGCCACUGUGAAAAGAGAAGCCAUCCACAGGUCCCUGGGCACAAACACAYGGACUUGCUUAUUGGACUGAGCACCAUCAGAAGCUGUCUUCCUGCAGCUACUGACAGCACGUGCCAUGGGCAGCCCCGAGUCCCAGAACU